AUGGAUAUGUCUUCAAUUCCUAUCUAUGGGAGCUUGAAGAGGUACUGGAGUGGGAGAACAUAUCAGAGACUCGAUGGUGGAGGAUUCAUUGUGAGGAAGAAGUUAAGGGUCUUGAGGCUGGGUGGGAAUAACAGUACUCGACGGUCAUCAUCAUCAUCAACAACAUCAAAGAUAAGAGAAACCCCAAAGCUGCAACUGAAAAUUAGGAAGUGGCCCAUGAAGGUUUUGGGGAAGAUUCGUGAAGGUUACAUAAAUAUGAUGCUUAGGCUUGCAGGCAACGUUGGCUAUUUGGAGGACCCCAGAAACAUUUUUGGAGAAAAGAGGAUUCCAAGAGGCAGACCCAUUCCAUCAGUUUCUAAAUUGAAUGAAUUUGAUAAGAAACUUGUUCUUAAGGUUUAUAACUCAAUUGCUACUUCUCGAGAAUUUGUUGCCUUCUAA